UUGCGCGAGUGUCAGGAACAGGAAGUGAAAGCGGCUGCUGCUGAGUGCUUGAAGCACGGGCACUUUCUUCAGAAACUUCGGCUGCCUCUGACGGCUCCGGUGCUUUGAAAGAUGGACAGCCAAGGAAGAAAAGUGGUGGUUUGUGAUAACGGAACAGGGUUUGUCAAAUGUGGUUAUGCCGGAUCCAACUUCCCAGAGCACAUCUUCCCAGCACUGGUGGGCCGGCCCAUCAUCCGAUCCUCAACUAAAGUGGGCAACAUUGAGAUUAAGGAUCUGAUGGUGGGAGAUGAAGCGAGUGAACUGCGCUCAAUGCUGGAGGUGAACUAUCCAAUGGAGAACGGCAUCGUCAGGAACUGGGAUGAUAUGAAGCACUUAUGGGAUUACACCUUCGGCCCAGAGAAGCUCAAUAUCGAAUCGCGCAACUGCAAGAUCCUCCUCACAGAACCUCCCAUGAACCCAACCAAGAACCGCGAGAAGAUCAUAGAGGUCAUGUUUGAGACGUACCAGUUUGCAGGGGUUUACAUCGCCAUCCAGGCUGUGCUUACACUUUAUGCUCAAGGCCUUUUGACAGGGGUGGUGGUGGACUCGGGCGAUGGAGUAACCCACAUUUGUCCUGUGUACGAGGGCUUCUCUCUGCCCCAUCUCACCAGGAGACUGGACAUUGCGGGACGAGACAUUACACGCUAUCUCAUUAAG